CGUUCUCCCUCUUUCAUAAUACAAUAAUCUGUUGAUUUGAUUUCUUAUUUUAUUGAGUUUUUUGAGUUUUCCUGAAUAGGGGAUAGGUUUUUAGUUCUGGAUAUUGUGUAACUUAACCAGCCUUUUCUAUUGUGGAGUUCCAUUUGUAGCACAUACUAAUCUAGUUUGAUUCAUGGUGAACUGUUUAUUCUUCACUUCCUCUUAGACUCAAUGGAGUGUAUAAUACACUUGGCUUUUCAGUAAAGUAAGACAGUACAUAAUUGUGUGGAUGACCAGUUUCGUAACUUUCUUCUAGUGUAAGCUCGAUCACAUCUUGCAAGAAGAUUCAUUUUUGGGUCACUUGAAGAGUUUCUUUGGCACCGUGUGGAAUGCUUUUUUGUAAAUGCUGGGAGAGUCAUAUGUAUCUUUAGUUGGUGUUAUUGUAUUACUGAUUGUAGUAGUAACAUUUAUUCCUAGGAACAUCCAAGAAGGAAAAGGGUAAUAAUUAGGCUUCUUCAUGUUUCUGUACAUCUUGCUGCAACACCUUUUCUUAUGUUGUUAUUGGAACUGGGAUUGGAGACAUGUGCCUAUUAUGAUUUACUAGCAACAUCAGGUACUGUAGUGAGUUCGUUACUGUUUAAUGCAGCCUUACCAGUUUUUCAUGACCACGAGAAAUGAUGGGAAAAAAUAUAGUUAUACUUCACUGUAUUGUUUUAGCCUUUUAGGCGUACAAUAGAAAAAAUGAGAAUUUGAAGAGAUUUGACUUCUUUCUUGUUGGAGAUUAUCUAGAAAAAGGAGGGGUUCAAUGUUUCUGAUUAUGUAGUAUUAGUGGUUGAAAUUUUUUUUAACCAAGUCUCAUGCCUCUACUUACACUGAUCUUUGGUUCCAGGGAAGGAGAUGUAUCGUUGCCGCAAAUUCCUGCUAAGUAUUUGAGAAUAAAGGGCAGAAACUUGCCAAUAUCAUUUGUCCAGAAGUACCUUAUGAGAAAGCUGGAUCACCCAAGUGAAUCGGAGGUUGAAGUCAAGCAUAUGGGACAUCCAGUAGUUCACACACUAGAUUUGCAUAGUUUAGUUGAUUUGUGGCUAUAAAACAACAUCGACCUCUGAAAAGAUCCCGAUAUCGAUCGACUCAUCAGUAGAGGAUUUCACUAUGAUUUGACUUUAAAGUGAAUUUUCUUUUGUGCAUUGUAGGCUAUCACACUUUGGAUGAUUGGUCAUUUUCGGUAAAUUUGCAGGUAGUUGAAGAAUUUUUGGACCGUGAGAUCGAUCAAGUCUACUUAUAAGUCACACAUACAUGUAUUACAAUUAAUUUAUCUUUUCAAUUAUUGUAAAACCUUUAUUGUUAAUGUAAGUUACAUUUUCUAUUAUCAAUAUAAAGAUCUUUUUAAGCA